GAUCCCAAAGACGUGUACAUUCUGGACCGCACCACAAUCUCGCAUAAGCUUGCUAGGGCUCGAUCGAUCGAUCAUCUGCCGUGAUGGAUCUCAAAUGGGAUCAAGGAUUUUGGGGCAGCUUCGCCAAGAGAGCCAAGGAGGCACUUUAUGAAUCUGGCGGUGCGGCUCCAUCGAGACCACAGGACGAGCAAUCCUCUACCCCGCAAGCGCAAGCUCCUGGUUUGCAAAAAGGGUUUGACGUGAUCGCUACUUCACUGUCGCGGAUCGGUGAUACGCUUGGAAACGCUAUAGAGGGAAGCUUGAAUGUUCUCGCUCCAGAACCGAAGCACAACGUUAAGUCAAAGACCGCAUUGCUCAAAGAGGAAGCGGAGAUCGUCCUCACAAAACCGAAUGUGGACGAUCAAACUCAACUCAAAGCUUCUCGGGACGUUGCGAUGGCGAUGGCAUCCAAAGUAAAGCUCCUCGUCCGCGAGCUCAAGACCGUGAAGAAGAACCUCGCGGAUAUGAGAGAUCGAUGCUCGCAGCUCGAGCAAGAGAACCAGCGCCUUCGGGACAGUGUGGAGAAGGGCCCAAGGAGCGAAGACGACGAUUUGGUGAGAAAGCAGCUCGAGACGCUUGUCGCCGAGAAAUCGCGACUCUCCCAGCAAAACGCAAACUACGCUCGAGAGAACCAAUUCUUGCACGAAGUGAUCGAAUACCAUCGAUUGACAAUGGAAGAUGUGAGCUUGCUGGACGAGAGAAUCGAAGAAAUGGCCGAGACAAUGCAAGAAAAUGGAUGAUAUGAAUGAUACACAGUGUCCAUAUCCAUUCCUUGUGUGUAAAAUUCUCCUACCAAAAGUUUUUAUUUGCUA